GCCGACGUCGACGCACGCCUCUCGUUUUUCGCGCGCUUCUCGCAAUUCUCGGUAAAUGCGCAAAAAAGCCAGCAACAAAUUCAAAUCAAAUCGCAACGCAACGCAUGGUGAAUACAUGCCGUAUAUUUAAAAAAUAGAUCAGCACAGGGCAUAUAAAGCGUAUUUCAAACGAAUCAAGAAAAAUAAAAAGUGAUUAGUUGAUAAGGGAUACUGUUUUGUGAAAGAAUUUGCCGCGCGCGCAAAUUAGUUUCGAAUAUUGCGUAUACGCACGGUCGGCAAAUAGUAAUACAAAUCAAAUUGAUCAAACCAAUAAAACAAGGGAACACAAAUCCACACACUUAGCAAAACGGGCAUAUCAAAAAACCUAAUAAACAUUUCCUAGUAUUUACAACGAACCAAGGGAAUACCCCAUUUAUUUAGGAUUUAUAUAGCACAUUUACAGCAAUCAAGGAUACAGAGGCAUUGGAAGGAUAGCCGCAAGGAUGCCAGCCAGCGGGUUGCAAUCUCCACCAGGUCGACAGGCUAACGGCAUAUCAGGAUAAGGACUUGGCGACUUGGACAUGGCUCCUCUAUUUGUCUAGUGGGCAAAUACCAGCGAACCGGGAACCAGGCCACACACCCACACAUACACACACCCAUACUCACACUUUCGGACAAACAAGGACGUUUGUCAUUGUGUGCGUCAAGGACGCUGACACACGUACAUGCUUACAAAGCAUUCAUAGUCGUAGUCGCAGUUGUUGUUGUAGUUGUAGUUGUGCCAUACAAACAAACCAGUGUCGCAAAGUGGGCGUGCCAGGUGGGCGGCCUCUGAUUAAAUAUACAUCAGUCAAGCGCAAGGAUCCUAAUUUCCAGCAGUUGUCCCAUGUAAAAGGACACCAAGGGACAAGGAAUAGCGCAAAGCAGGACACCAAGUUAUACGCAGAAAAAUGGCGCGACGCAAGGGCAGCGGUCGAGGCAAAUCUACUGUGAAUUCACGCAAGAGUGCUUUGGAAACGGCACGUGAGAAACUUAAAGAUGAGCCCGCUGCAAAUACGUCACAGGGUAAUAAAUUCGAUAAUAAUAUGGAAAAUGCAACAACCACAACGGCCAAGCAUUACAAAACCGCAGGCAAACAGUACAAGACCAAUAAAGUGAACAAUACGCGACGUGCCACAGCAGCAGCAGCAGCAGCGGCGGCAGCAGCAGCAACAGCAACAGCAGCAACCACAACAGCAGCAACAACAUCAACAACCAAGAAGCAGACAUAUCGGGAAACUGCAACAGCAACCACAGUCACUCAGCGAGCAACAAACAAAGCUAACAGAGCAGCAUCAGCAACAGCAGCAGCAGCCGCUGUAACAGAAGCAACAUCAGCAACAGCAACACCAGCGGUUGCAACACUAACAACCUCCAAAGCAGCAGCAGCAGCAACAGUAGCAGCAACCACAGAUGUUGCUGGUGGCAAUAGCAAUAGCAACACCAGCAGCAACAGCAAACCCAGUACAAGUACACGAGAUAAACUAAGCGAGUUGUCGACUGCUGACAACAGCAACCACAUCAUCAGCAACAACAACAACAACAAUAAUAAUAAUAAAACAAAUAACAACAACAACAACAACAACCACAGUGAUAAUAGUAUUAGUGAGAAUAAUUAUGAAUUUAAGUGUAGAGAUAAAGCAAGUCUAAGUGAUAGCAAAAUGACGCUACAACAGAUGGCAGCAGUCAGCAGCAACCAGGAGCCAGUGGCUCCAGCCAAUGUGGUUAAUACGAUGAGCAACAUUAGUAGCCAGGCCAGCGUAAAUGCCACACCCACACCCGCCACCGCCACCGCCAACGCCACCGAUGAGGCUUCGCUGGGGGAUUGGUCAAAUAUUUCACGCUAUCUGCACAAGAAGUUCAAACGUUUGGCCAGCACCACCGAAGUGGAGAGCAGCCACUCGACAACGAACGGUAGUGGUAGUGCACAUGAUGCCAUCCGCACCACAUCGAUGUCCUCGAACAGUUCGCUAUCACCACCACCGCCGCCGAUGAUGAUGCCGCUGGCCAAUGGUCACCACCAUCUGAUGACCCAGCAACAGCAAGUGCCGCAGCAGCAGCAGCAGCAGCAGCAACAUCAGCCGCAACCGAUGCCAGCAACAGCAACAGCAACACAUGAAUUCAGUGCCAAUUUUGUAAAUAGCAAUCAUGUCAAUGCCAUUGGUCAUGAGGAGAGCAUCAUCAGCAACAGUGGCUACAAGGCAGCGGCCAGAACGCGAACGCCACUCAGUAAUAGUAAUAGCAACAGCAACGGCAACACGACCAGCAACAGCAUUAGCAACUAUGCAGCAAAUGCUACACUGUCACCGGCAACAUUUGCCCAGCAUCAGCAAAUGACACAGCCAACAACAACGGGGAGUCCAGGAAUGCCAGCAGUAGCGAAUCCUGCAGGCGAAAAGUCCGGACGCUAUGUUUGCCCAUACUGCAAUCUGCUGUGUGCCAAGCCCUCGGUGCUGGAGAAGCACAUACGUGCCCACACCAACGAGCGACCCUAUCCAUGCGACACCUGCGGCAUUGCGUUCAAGACAAAGAGCAAUUUGUACAAACAUUGCCGCUCCAGAUCGCAUGCAGCCCGAGCUCGGGGCUUGGAAGUGCCUGCGGAUGCAGAUGAUGGAUUGUCCGAUCAGGAUGCCGAAUUGAGCAACAGUAGUUCGGAGCUGCCAAGUCGCGCUGGUUCGCCCUACGAUGAGCCCAUAAGUUCGCCCACACCCUCACCUUCCACGCUGUCGGCGGCCAAGAGUGCCUACUUGCAGCAGCCGCCGCUGCCACAGCACUUGCAACAAUUGCCGCUGGGCUCACCGGCUGCCGGUACUUUGCCACCCACCACCGCGGAUAAUCUGCACUCGGCCACUGCCCAGCAUCGCCCGUCGAUUGACUACAAGCCAUAUAAGCCCAAGUUCCACAAUGCCUCGCUCUAUGCACCGGGCAGCAGCAAGGAGCAGCAGCAGCAGUUUCAGCUUCAGCAGCAGCAGCAGCAACAGUUGCAGCUUCAACAGCAGCAACAGCAACAGCACCAAAUGGUCCAGCAGAAGCUAUCCAUUCAACUGCCAUUGGUGCAACAGCCAUCGCUGGCUCAUCCUACGCUUUCGCCCAGCACGCAGAUGAAGAUGAAGCACCACAUCAACUCGCAUCAGAUCCAGUUGCAGAUGCAGCAGCAGCAGCAAUCACUGCUGGCCCAGCAAUCGCUGUUGGCCGCCAUGCCAGUGCCACCCGGAUCGGUUUAUUACCUGGGAGGGCAACCGCCCUAUUACAACCAAGAUGCUGCGGCUGCGGCCAUUCACCAGCAAGCCUUGGUUAUUCAGCAAUUUCAUCUGCAACAAAUCCACCUGGCGCAGCAGCAGCAACAGCAGCAGCAGCAACAGCAACAUCAGCAACAGCAGCCACACUCACCUUUGGUGAAGGCGCCACCUCCCAUGCAACAGCCUACAAAUCUGCCGCCUCAACAGCUGGUGCGAGCCAACAGCCAGGUUUCCAGUGUAGCAACAGCACCUGCCACUCCCACACCCAAUGCAAAUCUCAGCAGUUUUGCCAGCUCCAGUGGCGGCAUGCAAGUGAAUGUGGCCAAAGUGCAAGAGCACAUUUCCAAGUUGAUCUCUCAGAAUGAAGCCAUUGUGGAGAACAAGGAGAUACUGCUGCAAAAGAAAUACCCCAAGCAGCUGAGUCGUUCCCGCAGCUUCAACAAUGCCAACAGCAACAGUGCAACGCAGCACGGCAGCAGCAACACGACGGCACUGCAUGCGAACAGCAGUCAUAAUAUCAAUGCACAGAUGCCAGAGCGCGAGACGAAAGUGAAUUUGGCACAGGCCAUAGUCCAGAAGCAGCAGCAGCAGCAACAGCAGCAGCAACAGCAGCAGCAACAGCAGCAGCAACAGCAGCAACAACAGCAGCAACAACAGCAGCAGUUAAUGCAGCAGCAGCAACUCGAGCAGCAGAACUACUAUACGUACAUGCAACAGCAGCAGGAGAGUCAGCAGCAGCAGCAGCAACUGGAACCACCAAAUGGCUUGGCUAAAAGGAACACUUAUAAGCCAGCAACAGUAGCAACAACGCCUGUGAAACAGCAGCAACAACUGCCGCCCCCGCCCUCUCCGCUGCCCAUGCAAACGAUGCAAUACCGCCAGGAUCCGGCCACGCCAGUGCCUAAAGUGGAACAACCCGCGGCAGCAGUGCACGUGAUGCCUUUGAACCUGUCAGCGAAGCCCAAACCAACUUUGGUCACAGUGCCAGUGAGUUCCCUGCCCAUCAGCUCUGUGGCAUCGACACCGGCGAGCUCAGCGAAUCCAUCGAGCAGCGCCAAAACUGCCGCACCUCCUGCCCAGGUGAACAACUCGAUCAUCAAGAAUCUGCUGCUUAAUGCUCGAGGAUUGGCGGUGCCAAUUGGCGAGGGCGAUGAUGCAGUCUACUCGUGCCCCAUCUGUGCCAAUGAGUUCCGCAGUGCGGACGAACUGAAGCUGCACAACAGCACCUACUGCCAGGAUGCCAGCUCCAGUGCGCCCAUGAGUCCCGCCUCGUCGCCCUUCCGCUCCAAUUCGAUCUCGCUAAGUCUGCCGGAGCUGAAGAGUCACAUGGCCAACUCGAAGAAUCCAUUGUCACUGGCCAAGCUGGCGUGGUCGCAGUUGAAGACCAAGAGGAGCACUCUGGUAUUGAAUCGUCUCAGUGCAGCACAAACGCCGGCAAGGACUUCUACAGUAACAGCUCCCACUGCAACUGCUCCUGCUCCUGCUCCUGCUCCUGCUACUGCUCCUGCUCCUCAGAUUGAAGCACUGCGCUUUGUGGAUGCACCACUGCCGUCGCCAGGUCCUCUGCUGGGCAAAACUCCCCUGGUGGACUAUUCGCGACAGAGUGCACCGCGCAAGCCCCAGGAUGCGGUGGUCAUAACCAAAAUGCACGAGGAUCGACAGUUUGCCUUGCGCGACAUUGAGGCUCAGCCGGCAAAGCGUGUGAAGACCAGCGAUCAGGUCGUAGCCCCCGCCACGCCAAGCUUCAAUUUCUCCUUCAACAACAAUGGUGUGCCCGAGUUGCAGUCCAGCAAGGAGGAGCGCCUUCGCCGGUUCACCUCCUCGGGCGGCAGCAUGAUACCCAUUUCGGAGUGCCCGGACAUGGACAACAGCCCCAAGAUGAUACGAACGCCGUUGCUGUCCGGCGGCAGCUUCCAGGAUGUCUCCGUGAAGGCCAACAACAACAACAACGAGGCAGGACCUUCGAGCAAGGAGCGCAAGCUGAUGGCACUGGUCAGUGGCAGUGGACUGCUCGGCGUUAGCACUGGCCCCCAGCACUUUCAGUUUCCGCCCAUCAACUCGAUAACUGCCUUCAAUCCGUUGACUUUGCCACCCAUGAGCGGUGGUGGUGAUAAAAAUGCCACGCCCGUCACGCCAAUACCUCAUGUGCCUGGAAUGCCGGGGCCAGGAAGUUUGACGCCACAAAUGCCACUGCUGCCGCCGCCGCCACAGCAAUUGCAGUUGCCCAUUGCGGCGAGUCGAGGACGUAGUCCGAGUCGCAAGCAACCCAGUCCACUUUUGCUGGGUGGAGCUGGAGUGGGAGAACUGAAGGCCCUGUCGCCAUUUGGUGGGGUUCAGAAUCUGCCCAGCGAGUUCAGCCGACAGCCACCAACGCCUGCCCAGCGACGCUUGCAAUGGAACAGCAAGGAGACGGCGAAGAAGGCUCCAUUCAACUUUCUACGCAUGGCCGAUAACGUGAAGACGGCGGAACCAGAAGUGCGUCACUUCAAUCUGGACAAUGUUAUGGCUGGCAAACAGCAGGAGUUGACCUUGCAACCGCUCCAUGUGGAGACUCCCAAUGGCAGUGCCACCGAGGAGGUGGCCAGUUCCUCAUCGGGAUCGGCCAAGUCCAAGUUCCUGCGACCCACUAGUUUGCCGCUGAAACCAGGAACCUUUACACCGAAACGCCAUCAUGGCAUAACGCCCACGGCCAACACACUACCACUGAUCUCGCCGGAAACUCCCAGGCCCUCGAAAUCCUGUGUGCAACUCUAUCUAAAUGGACAUGCCUACACCUAUUUGGGUCUCAAGUGCAGCACCAAGAUGUUCUACUGUACGGUGAACUGUCCGCAACCCUCGUAUGUGGCCGGAAUGCACAAACUGUCGAUGUACAGUGUGUGGCAGGUGUGCGAGGAGAAUCAGCCACAUCCGCUGGGCUUCAAACUGAAGCAGGUGAUGGCGCUGUAUGACUCACGUCAGCGGAUGCUGGGAAAUGGCAGUUCCACCGCAAUGGCUGGCUUGGGAAAACUGAGCUACAAUCUGGUGGCCUCACAGCAGACAGUGUGCUCCACGUCGACCACGACCAGUAGCAGUGCCUUCUAUCGGGGACCCGUGAAGACGCCACCCACUGUCACAGUGGCCGCGCUCAGCGAGGCAAAUGUGGCGGCCAAAGCGAACGAGGAGGCGCAGGCCAAGAAGCUGGAGACGAGUCCGUCGGGACAGCCCCUGGUGGGUGGCUAUGAGUCGCACGAGGAUUACACGUACAUACGCGGCAGAGGAAGGGGCCGGUAUGUUUGCUCCGAGUGCGGUAUUCGCUGCAAGAAGCCCUCCAUGCUGAAGAAGCAUAUACGCACCCACACGGAUGUGAGGCCAUUUACCUGCAGCCACUGCAAUUUCAGUUUCAAGACCAAGGGCAAUCUGACCAAGCACAUGCAAUCGAAGACCCAUUUCAAGAAGUGCAUUGAACUGGGCAUCAAUCCGGGACCAAUGCCACCAGAUAGCGAGUUCCUGGAUGUGGACAUGGACUUUGACCAGCAGUCAUCCACUUCGGCCGGCGGACGCACUUCCUCAAUGGCUGGCGAAUCCGAUUCCGAUGACUACAGCGACAAUGAAUCGGAAAGCAGUGAUACCGAUGAAUCCAAGUCGCGCUUAAAAGAACACGAGGCAGCCAGGGGUCUGCUAUCGCUAUCGAUGACGCCGCCCAUUCCGCAGAGUGUGUCGCCCUAUCCGCAGCUGCAGGAUACCCCUCUGCCGGCGGCCAGUCCUGCCAACAGCAUUGGCUCUUCGGGCUCGCUGCCUAAGCGAUUGGUGUGCUCUUUUACGUCGCCCAAGCCACCGUUUGACUACCAGAAGCAGGAACAGUAUUACUCCAAUCCGGAGGAGUCCAAGCCCAAGCGCAGCGUGGCCAGCGAGGAGAGUGCCCCCAUGGAUCUCACUCUCACCAAGCCGCGUGGCCCGAUGUCCGCCAUCUCGCCAUCGCCAGUUCAUCAUCCAGGAACUGCCAUCCAAGAACUGCCCAAAUCGCAGGCUCAGCAGAUACACGACGUGAUCUUUGGCAGUUCUGGCAACGCGAGUGGCUUCAUGAAGACCCUGAUCUCGGUGUCGGAUAAGGUGCGCAUCUCCGCCGAAAUGGAGGAGCAGGCCAAGCACGAGGCCGAGGGCGAGGAUGUCCAGCUUCAGACCUACAUCAAGGAGCAUGCUCUGCACCAGGCCAAGAUAAAGCAGAGUCAGUUCAGUCGCAGCUAUCUGAUGAAUACUUUGUACUCCACUGCCUCGCCCGUUAUCAGCAGUAGUAGCAAUCUAUUUACUAGCAGCAGCAGCAGCAGCAGCAGCAACAGACCCGUCAUGAGCAUAAACGAGGUGCCCAGCAUUGAAGUGCAUGAAGUUAAGACUCCGGAAGCCACAGAGCUGCCAACUAUAGCUCCUGUCAUCCCGCCAGUUACAUCAACACCAAAUCCUGUAAAGAUUAGCCAGGAGGAAAGCGAGGAGAACGAAGCACAAUCGGAUCAUGAGAAGCCCAACAUUGUGGAGCCGCAUAAUGCCAAUCUGCCCGCUGCAGUGCAGCAACCGGAUGCCAAUGAUUUCAGCGGAGUGCUGGGAAAUCCACCGCCACCAGCUGUGGCUGUAAGUGUGCCUGCCACAGUGACUACUUCAACGGCUUCUGCUGUGGCAACCACUUCAACCGCCUCCGCCAACUCAACGCAGCCCACGCAGCGUACUGUGAUUGUGGGCGAAGAUGGCUUUAAGAACUCCACACCCAGCAGCAAGAGCAGUGAACUCCAGCAUGUGUCCUACGGCAGGGGAGUGCCGCCAGCUCCCAUUGCCAGCGAUGCGCGACCCACGUGCACCAUCUGCGCCAAGACCUUCCAGCGGCAACAUCAGCUUACCCUGCACAUGAACAUCCAUUACAUGGAGCGUAAGUUCAAGUGCGAACCGUGCAGCAUCUCCUUCCGGACACAGGGUCAUCUGCAGAAGCACGAACGAUCGGAGGCACACAAGAACAAGGUGAUGAUGACGUCGACGUUUGGCGUUCCAACCACCUCCAAUCCGCGACCCUUCGAGUGCACCGACUGCAAGAUUGCCUUCCGCAUCCACGGCCAUUUGGCCAAGCAUCUGCGCUCCAAGACGCACGUUCAGAAGCUGGAGUGCCUGCAGAAGCUGCCAUUUGGAACGUACGCCGAAAUAGAGCGGGCUGGGAUAAGUCUCACUGAGAUCGACACAAGUGACUGCGAGAAUUCCUUGAUUUCCCUCAAGUUGCUGGCCCAGAAACUGCUGGAGAAGGAUCCGAACAAGCUGAGUGGCUACACCACGCCCUCCGGCAUGAUGCAGUUGGCCCAAGAUGCCACAGGUCCCGUCUCGCAGGAUAGCGCUUCCGAAGAUGGCUUCAGUGCGGCCAUAGCCUCGGCCAUAGCAUCACUGGACAACGACAGUGCGGGGAAUACCCCAAAAAGGGCCAGUUCCAUGUCCGAAGACGAAACGGUGGCCAAUGGCCUGAAUCACAGUCUCAAGCGACGAUUGCCGGGCAGUUUUAGCAGCACAGGCGAGGAGAGCGACAAUCCGGCAGAGGGUAGUGGCGAAAAGCGGGCUCGAUCUGGCCAGGAUCUACCUGUUCCCGUCGCCGUUCCCGUUGCUGUUCCCGUUCCCGUGGCUGCUUCGGCGGCGGCCAGCAACUGACAGUACAUGUACAUGCUGCAGCCCAGCUGAGGCUAUCAGUAUCCAGCAGCGGUCUACCACCUGGACACCAUCAGUCACCAUCAGUAUGCCGCCCCGGUCUACAAUUCCAGGAGCGAGGGCCGCCAACAUCAUGACCAAACCACCUCCAACGAGCGCAUAUCAAAUGUCUAAGCAUAUCGCAUUUGGGCACACACACACACACACAACAUACUCUAGAGCUAGCCUGUAAGACCUCGCCAAUGAUAUUGGGCUAAUCGCCGAUCGUAAUCAAACGAUGUGGGAGAGCCAGAUAGGCGAGUCAGCUAUUCCAGUGUGAACACUCUACGGGGAACGGGAACUGCCCAGAAAGAAUCUUAUACAAAGCAAAAGGCAGUCAUUCAUCCCCCUCUUAAGUAUUUAGUUUAAGGAAUCGUCAUCAGCUAGCCCUAGUUAUAAGCCAACCAAGCAACCAAGCAAGCACACUCACACGUAAAAAUCUAUAUACAUUAUAUACAGUAAACUAUAGUUUGUUUUCGAAAUGCAUAAAUGCAAAAAAAAAAACUCCUGAAGUGCUGUGAGUCUAUCUACAAAUGUAAAAGUGUGUUAUUUCUAAGGCCUAGCCCCGAUAUUGAAUCAGAACGAACACCUACACUGAGUUGUAUUGUAUUGGUUUUCCAAGACCAAGUCCAAAUCCAAAUCCAAAUCAAAUCAAAUCACGUAGUUCUUCCUUAUUUCGAAAUUGUUAUCACACACCAGAAGUUAAGAAGAGCAACUGAAAUCGGUGAAUGAGAAACGAUAACUAGUUUUGUUUUAAUUUUUUAAACGACGAGACCACGAGACUCUUUUAAUUGUUUGUUUUAAUUUUGUAUUUGGCAGAAGAGAAACGAAAUGAUGAAGAAUAGCUAACUGUAAAUAAUCAAUAUGUUGUCAUAUAUGCAUUAAGCGGUAGGUUAGUCAAACAAACUACACAAAGUUGAUAGAUAUAAAUGAAAAUUAUUGUACAAACUGCUAUGGCAAAAGCUGCAGCAACGUAUAUAUAUACACAUAGAUAUAUAUCCAUAUAUAUUUGAAUGUAUGUAUGUGGUUAAACAACAAGAAAAUGAAGUGAUCUAUUACAUUAUUGUAAAAUAUAUCAAAAAACUGAAAAAAAAACACAACACAAAAAAACAAAAUCUUAUACAAAAAAAUGACAAAAAUAAAGAAAUCAAUGUGAA